UACACGGUGUCAGUGGCCCUGUAAAACCAUAAGAGAGGAAAAAGAGGAACCUAACCCGAAUAAUUUUUUUUUUCAGUAUUUAAUACUUAAGGGAGUUGCAAUAGCACAUACUGAAGCUGUGUAUGUGUUAAAUAAGUGUGCUGGUGUAUGUUGAUGACAGGUUCAGAAUGCGCACUAUAAGUGUGACUCAGGACGUUCCUGCCAAUGCUCUGGCCCUCAGUCCUGACAAUCUUCAAGUUGUCAUUGCUGGCCGCCAUGUGUUCAAAAUCUAUGCUAUUGAAGAUGAUGACUUUGUUGAAAAGGCAAAUUUGCGCACUGGGAAACACCUAAACCUAAACUUUUCCUGCAAUGAUGUAGUUUGGAACCCAAUAGAAGAGAGUGUUCUUGCCACUGCUUCCACUAAUGGUGCUGUUGUCACCUGGAACCUAAAUAAAGCCUCCAGGUCAAAGAUGGACUGUGUCUUCAAUGAUCAUAGUCGAACUGUACACAAGGUCAGUUUUCAUCCCUGUGAACCACACUUACUAAUAUCAGGGUCACACGAUGGCUUCAUGAAACUCUUUGACCUACGGAGAAGAGAAGCUACUCAGACUUAUACCAGUAAUGCAGAAAGUGUCAGAGAUGUUCAGUUCAACCCCCAUCACAGUGUGAAUUUCUGUGCAGUAUCUGAGAAUGGAAAUGUUCAGUUGUGGGACAUGAGAAGAUCCGACCGUGUGGAGAAGCAGUUCACUGCUCAUGGAGGUCCUAUUUUUGCCCUUGACUGGCAUCCUGAAGUUAAAACUUGGAUUGCCACUGCUGGGAGGGAUAAAACUAUUAAGGUGUGGGAUUUAAAUGACAAUCCAACUGUGUGCAACACCAUACAGACAAUUGCUUCAGUUGGCAGAGUCAAGUGGAGACCCAACACCAAGUUUCACAUUGCAAGCUCUGCAUUGUUGUGUGACUGUAGCAUCAAUGUGUGGGAUAUACGACGGCCAUAUAUACCACUUGCUGCUUUUAAUGAGCAUAAGAAUCUUACAACAGGUAUCUGUUGGCGGGCUGAUCCAAACAGCUUAUUGUCUGUUGGUAAGGACUGCACUUUGAUCCACCAUUCCUUCCAAGAUGCCAUCAGACCCAUGGAAGACGUUAAUCCUGCUGCUCUAGGCAUCAGUAAUUACGGUAACAUCUCUACUGCUGCCCGCAUUAAAGAAGACUCCGAACCCACUGGAUCGCUGGCAAAAUUAUCAGUGUUCAGGAAACCAGCGAACUAUAAUGAUCAUAAUGGACAGGUGUUGUCUUCAGUACAAAUGAUUACCUGUAAAGAGGAUGGUCCAGUCUCUAGCCACCAUCUUGUUCAGUCAGCAAAGCAGUAUCUCCUUACUGGUCGCUCUCUUCCCGAAAUAUGUGAACACAAUUCUGCAGUAGCUAAAAAACUUAAUAGACAUCAGGUGGCACUAACAUGGCAGAUGCUACAUAUGUUGUAUAUGGGUGUGGGUGGCGGAAGUGACCACUUGCCAGGGCUUCAGGGAUCUAGUAGAGAUGACCCAGCUAUACAACCAGACACCAGUCUGGAAAAUGAACAGAGGUCAUCACGUCAUUUUUCCGGUGGUGAUGCUGGUGGAGACACCUCUGGUGGAGGCUUCAGUGCAGAGGAAGCUGAGACAGAGACUGAUGACACUGACAACCACGACCUGAAACUUACUAACAUUGCUAGUGGUAUGACAAUCAAUCAAGACUUUUUCUUUGGAGAUGGUGAAAUUAACCAAAUACCUUUUGAUUACGAUAAUCUCAAUAACAUGGACACAAGUCAAGAUUGGACUCUCCCUAAUGAAGCUUUUGAACCACGGCACGAUAUCUUGCACCGAUCUGCUAUUCCACCUCAGGAAUUCUCUUCAAAGUGUUCACCCAGAGAAAUUCAAGACACUGGUUGUGUUUCUGGUUAUGUGAUGGAGACUCCAUCAUUGCUUAGUGAGGUGCGAGGAACUGGGAUGCCAGUCUGGGAAUCUUCAGAUCUUGUGGUGGAAAUGCUCUAUUCUUAUGCCAAUCGUGGAGAUGUCCAGAUGUCUGUUACGUGUAUUAUAGUUCUUGGUGACAAACUUAAGGAUCUCCUAGACCCAGACCAGGUCGAGCAUUGGUUUCUAUCUUACAUUGACCUUCUGCAGCGUUUCCAGUUGUGGAAUGUUGCCAAUCAAGUCAUUCAACUUGCAGUAAAUAUUUCAGAGGGCCUUCCUUCAGUGUUACAGCAGAACCAACAGUCCACAACAGUGACACUGCACUGUGGCCGCUGUAACCAUCCUCUGGGCUGGAACAAUCUGUUGUGUAGAAAGUGUGGAUGUGCAUCAGCAACGUGCUCUCUGUGUCAUGGAAUAGUGCGUGGACUCUAUGUAUGGUGUCAGGGGUGCUCCCACGGUGGCCACCUUCAACAUAUGAUGCAGUGGGUGGCCAACAACAAAGCUUGUCCAGCAGGAUGUGGUCACUUAUGUGAAUAUACAUAGUGUCUUCAUGGCAGGGUGACCCAAGAAAGAAGAAACUUUCAUCAUCACUCACUCCAUCGCUGUGUUGCCAGAGGCAUGCUGAUACUAUGGUUCAAAAAACUGCAACAAAUCUCCACCCCUCCUUAUCAACAGCAAAUAAAGUUUGGUGAAUGACAGAGAGGCACUAGCACAUCACAAGGCAUCAAUAUGUUAGGACGUGUAUGACAAACCCAUCCUUGACCUGUUUCCCACCAAGGCUCACUCACCCAAAGAAGGAAAAUGUAUUUAUCAUAACUCAUUCCUAGUUUUCCUUCCAGAAAUGGACAAACAUUACAGUUCUGCUAAUCCACCAUUGUAAACAUGUAAAUAUGAUCCCUGAACCAUCUGCCUAGCUCUUCAACCAUCCAACUGUCUAGUUCUAUAUAAUUUUAGUCAGAAAACUAGGAUAAUAAUCCAAGUUAGAAAGAAUCUCUUUCCCCUUAGCUAGAGCAAAAUGAUUUUAAUAGAAUGAUGAUUUUACAGGUCUGGCAACAAAAUUUUUUUUUAUAUCAAGCAAAGUGAAAUCACGUACAAUAACACUAAUAAAUAAAAGACUGAAAAAGAGUAAAGGCAUCAAAAGAUGGAUAUAGACCAAACAUGUAAAUAUAAUAUCAUAUAGGAGAGAACCAAUUUUAUGCAAGUUUUGUUCUAAAAUUUCUCUAGUACAUGUUGUUUAAAACAGAUCCUCUACUAUAUACUACAUUUUAUUUGUUUGUAUUGUUUUGUGACUGAACACAUACAACAGACAUGCAUAAUAUAAUCUGAGAAAAAUUAGGUAUUUAAUUUUUAUCAUACACGUCAUAAUUGAUUAUUGAAAUGUAAAAAAACUCUCAGAAGAAACACAGCCAAGAUACAAGAAAAUUUAUCACUGCAAGAAAGACACUUUGCCGAAGAUCUUGUAUUUCUGACACAAAGUGAUAGGCAUGCCUGUACUGCCAUGCCACAGGGGGCUAAAGCCAACUAUUAAAGGCCUACCACAUCUGUUCAUACCUACCUUCCUUGUUGCCCAGCUAACCAUAAUGGCCUAUAUAUGUAGUCUGUUGUCUACCUUGCACUGUAAUAAGCUAAAGUCAACCAUGAAUUAGUUUACUGAUUUGGAAUAAUGGCUAUAAGCUGACAUACAGUAGUAGUAAAAAACUUAUAGCAAAGAAAUUCAUAUUUAUACAAUGUUUUUUCUCACUGGGUUAAACAUACAUUACAUAAAUAAAAAG